AUGACUUCAUCAUUGACUAGACACAGAUCCAUCGCUUUGAAUAAUAGCAAUUUUAUAGAAGCUUCAUUAUCCAGCUUGGUAUCAUCCAAUAAUAAUAAUAAUAAUCAUAAUGGAUUGAAUAGUCAUGUAAUUAUUAGUAAUGCUAAACAGAAGAGUUAUUCUACUACCUCUUCUUCAUCUUCUUCAUCUUCUUCAUCUCUUUCAGUUUCUAAACCAUCAAAUCAACAAACAAUUUUAACCUUUAUUGAAACAACAAAAAAGAAGAGAAUUGAGACUGAAAAGAAGGAAAUGGUUAAAGAUAUUCUUGAUACCUUCUCCGAUGACCCAUUCACAUCUAAAUUCUUGACUAACAUCAUUUCAAGCAAGGUUUUUGCAUAUUCUACACCAAAGAAAUUGAAGGAUACCUUUCAAGUUUUAUUAUUGAGAAAAUCUAGAAAGACUAUUCUGUCUAGUAAAUUUGAUGAAUUACCGGAAGAGAGACAAUAUUCAUUAAUGUGUAAAACAUUGAGCGAAGACCUUCUUCCCUUCAUUCAAGAAUACAUUAGUGAAGGAAAAUUCGAUUUCUUGAAAAAGGAUACUAUUUUACAAUCACUCUUCCUUCCAACAAGAUCUAUGAGAUAUAUUUCUAGAGAUGUUGCUUUAUAUCUUUUGGAGAAUAAUACUUAUAUGAAAUUGAAUAUCAAGAGAAGUAUUGUUGAAGAUGCAGUGCUUUCAUAUUAUAGAGUUAUGGAAGAUUUAUCAGGAUUUACCAAGUUUGUUACUGAGAAUCAACUCGACAUGUCUGUUCUUCGUUAUGGAAUGUUCAUAGAAUUGAUUAAUAAGAAUGGAGAUUCUAAUUCAUUAACAACUGUUUUCGAGGAAUUGUUGAAUUAUCUUUUACAGAGAGAAGAGUUAAAUCUCACUCCUAAAGAAUGGGAUAUUAUUUCCAAGUCUUUUAGUUUAGCUAUUAAUCAUUACCAAUUAUUAGGAGAACUUGACAAGGCAGAGGAAUUAUUCAGUCUUUCCAUUCACUCUCAAAAUCUGUACUCUAAACCAUCCAAUUUUAAAACUGAAAAGGACAUUUCAAUUUUGAAAUCACAUAUUUAUAGCUCUUUGACUACAUUCAAUUCAAUAAUCAAGACCUACCUUAAUGCUGGAAUGGUAGAACAAUCUUACAAGUUAGUGGAAGUUGCAUUUGCAGAGUUAGCAUAUUUGGCAAACAAGAAAAUUAUUAAUGCUCCUCUUGUAAAACAAUCCAAGCAAUUCAUUUCUAUCAUCAAUCCAUUGUUGAAUGUACUUAUUUCAAGGGGUAAUUUGCAAGAAGCUGAUAAGGUAGUAACAUCGAUAUUUGACAAGUCAUCAUCUUUGCAAAAAUCAUAUAACCGUACUAUGAACCAAUUGUUUACUACUUCUGACUAUUCAAUUAAUGCUGACCGUGUUACUUUCUUGAUACUUAUCAGAAGACAUAGUAUUGAUGGAAAUAUUACAGAAAUUGUAAAUAUUAUGAGAAAUAUGCACGUUUUUGGCGUAAGUCCAUCCAAUGAAAUUCUUCAGUCAGCCAUUGUUAGUUUGGCCUUCAAUGGUCAAUCUGCUGGUGUUGAAGCACUAUUACAAUUCUUAGUUUCUGAAUUUGAUUACAAACUCACAGAUUAUGCUGCUUAUGCCAUAAUGAAGUGUUAUGUGCAAACAGGAAACAUUCAAAAGGCUGAAAGAGUUUUAGAAGAAUAUUCUGGAAUUGGCAAACCAAUUAUUGGCAUGUAUAAUGUUGUCAUUGGUUCUAAUCUGACUCAACUCCAUAACUAUGAAGCAGCUUGUCAAUAUUUCUUCAAUGCUGUACAGCAAUCCGGAUUGGCUUUCGCUGUUAACCAACAUACCUUUACCCCAUUCAUUAACUUUUUCACAAUUGCUGCCGAUGAAACAGCUUUAAAGUGUAUCAACACUCUUCAGACGCUUGCUAAUCAAAAUCCAAAGGAAACAGCAUUCUUAAAAUACUCUCAAAUACUGAAAACUAUUUAUGAAGAUAUUUCAAAGGGAAGAAAGGGUGAAAAUAAUGGAGCAUCAGUGGAAUCUGUUGUUGAACAAGCAGUUCAAAAGACAAAGUCAUUACUCUCUCAAGCUAAGAGUGAAAUACAUAAGGAAAUGCGUAAAUAA